AUGGGGACGACAGUUACUCCAUAUGAAUUAAGUGGACUAUCAGGUGAAGAAAGUUGGGCAUUGUUCAGGAGAAAAGCAGCAUUAAUUAAUGGGAGAUCAUCAGGAGGAGAAGGAGGAGGAGGAGGUGCAGUGGCGAUUAAUAAUAAUGCAGAUGAUGAUGAUCUAGUCUUCAGAAUAGGAAAGAGACUUGUUGAGGAAUGCAAAGGUUUUCCAUUGGCGUUAACAAUUCUAGCUACCAUUAUGCGCUUCAAGACAUUUAAUAUACAAGAGUGGGAAACUAUCCUAAAUACUAUGAAAGUACGAGGAGGUAGCAAUAACGAUGUUAUUGUAUCUGUGCUGAUGAUUUGUUACAAUGAGAUGGAGUCACCAUUGAAACGAUGCUUUUCAUAUUGUUAUUCAUUACUUCCUGUGAGGAAUUCUACAAUUGAGAAGAAGAAAUUGAUUCAACUAUGGAUGGCUCAAGGUUUACUAGAAGAAGAAGAAGAAGAAGAUGCGGCAUAUAUAUUCAAAGAUUAA